UCUUUCCGCCACUCCGCCCCCUGGCUCUGCGCCAGGCGAAAAUGGCAGCCGCGAAGGCGGAAGGAAUGGGAAGAAGCGCGCGCUAAGCAGGGAGCGGACCCAGGAUGUCCGAGCCGCUGCCCGUGUCGUAUGUGACCUCGCAGGAGAUGCGCUGCCUCCUGCACUGGCUGUCGGGCUGGGCCCCCGCGCAACGCGAGCGCUUCCUCCGUGACUUGGUGGACAAGGCCGUGCCCUGGAAGGUGCUCCCGCUGCUAGAAGGGCUGGCCGGACUCAGCGUGGGACCCGGGCAGCCCCCGACCAUCUUUGAGUGCCAGAUGCGCCUCUGGGACCAGUGGUUCCGCGGCUGGUCGGAGGCUGAGCGCAAUGAAUUUGUCAGGCAGCUGGAGGAGAUGGCGCCUGACCUGGCCGCUCGCUUUUACCAAGAGGUGGCGGCGACAGCAGGGCAGGCCUAACGGGGGCUGGCGCUUGCCUCGGGUCGUCCCCCCCCCCAAAUCUGCUGUGACCCCUCCUGCAUUCCUCAGUGUUGUGCUAAACGGACACUCACACACACCCCAAAUAUUGACCAAUCCAUGUAUGACGGCGAGUCAUAACUAAACAGAAUAAAGUUAUAAACCAAAUGCGAA